AGGCGGUUUCUCCAGCGUGGGGCGCCCCCCGGCGGCAGCGAGGACUCUAUGUGACAGCCGGACCUGAGCGCCGGCCAUGGAGCCGCAGAAACAGGCGCGAACCCCCGGGAACCCCGUCGCGUGGCCGCGUGGACCCUCGCGGUCUCAGGCCUCUGAGGACGAGAAGCGGCCGGAGGGCGACACAGCGCCCGCGGCGACUUCCCUGGGCGCGGAGGCGGACGACGCCUGUGCCGACGCGCUGUGGGAGCUGCCGGUGGAGCCCGCCGAGCGGAGGCCCGAGUGCAGCCGCUGCAGCCGACCUCAGAAAGUAUGUUUGUGUCCAUUUCUACCAUUGCAUCCUCUGCAUAUCUCUACUCAUUUGUACAUAAUUCAGCAUCCAGCAGAGGAAAGCAGAGUGUUGCGGACUGUUCCCCUCUUAGCAGCCUGUCUCCCCCAGGACAAGUGUAAAGUCAAGACUGGUCGUCGCUUCAGUGAGGAAAGAGAUCCUGAACUUUCAACUGUUUGUCGGAAAUCUGAUACAUUAAUAUUAUAUCCAGGGGCUGAAGCUGCUAAUUUGGAAGAAUUUAUAUUAGAUUCUCCUGUUUAUCCUUCCACAAUCAUCAUCAUCGAUGGGACAUGGAGCCAGGCUAAAGACAUUUUCUACAAGAAUUCUUUGUUCCGGCUGCCCAAACAGGUGCAGUUAAAAACUAGCGUUUCUAGUCAGUAUGUCAUUCGGACGCAACCAACGAACAGGUGUCUUUCUACGCUGGAAUGCGCAGCGGCUGCCCUUUCCAUUCUGGAGAAGAAUAAUUACAUACAGGAGACUUUGCUUCGCCCUCUUCAAGCUCUGUGCUCUUUCCAGCUGCAGCAUGGUGCUCAAAUUCGCCUCAGCAAGGAACACCUUCUGAAAAACGGAUUAUAUGCUAAGCCAAUGCCAAAGAACAAACGCAAGCUCAGGAAAAUGGAACUGUUAAUGAACAGUGUUAAAAUUUAGGUCUGUUGUUCCACGGUGCUAGUUAUGGUGUCUUCCACUGAUAAAACCAGGUGACGUUUUCAGAAAAUUCACGUCUGUGGGUUUUUGACUGUCUAGAGUGAGAGUUGCGUGCUAAACUUUCCCAGCAGAAGGAAGUCAACCAAAUAGCCAUAAAAAAGCAAACAAACAAAAAAUUUCCUUUACCCAGUAAAAAGCAAGGUUUCAUACUGAAUUUGUUUUAAAAAAAUGUGCCUCUAAUACGUUUUUCCAGAUCCAUAGUUUGAAACGUGUUUGAAAUUAGCGUUGAGUGAGGUUACAAGUUUUUUUAAAAAUAAAAUGGAAAGCAAUGAUCGUUCCUGGUUGGGACAAUACUCUUCAUGAAUGUUUAUAGAUCAUUAGGUGUAGACCUAUAAUAUGGGAUACUUACAUCAAUAUGCAAUAUUGUACGUAGACUUUCUAGUUUGGAAUAAUAAUGAUCACCAAGUAGUCUAGAUUGAACUUUUUUCAGACAAUAAUACAGCAGAAUAAGGGAGCUAAAUAAAUUCCUUAGGUACUAAACUUGAACUCAGCUAUUAUGACUUCAGUGUUACUAUUAAUUUCCCAUUUUUUGUAUCAAGGUAUAAUUGGAAUAUAAGAGUAUAUUAGUUUCAGGUGUACACCAUAUUGACUUGAUAUUUAUAUACAUUGCAGAAAU